CCCGGAACUGCCUUCAGCUACCUUUGUGUUUUAAAAAGGAGGAUAAGACUUUUCCAAUGAAUCAGUCUUCUUCCUCCUCUUCACCCAUUUCAUUGUCAAAUUCAAGAGACGACGGGCCUUCGUCUCCUAUAACAGGCAUGGCCUCCACCGACCGGAAUUGUCGACUUAAUGACAAUUUCGGGCUUAUAGUUCAGGGGAUUUUAGCUGCUGUGGCUUUCAGUACCCUUAUUUGUGAGUAAGAUUUUAAUAAUUUAGAUAAUAUUCGAUUUUUGCUCCAUAUUCAUCAUUCGCUGACGUAAACUGUUUUUUCCGAGAAUCACAACCAUCAUUUGAUCAGUGAUUUGAUCUGACAGGAAAGCUGAAUAUUUUGCGUUUGUCCCGUUUAAAGCCCUCUCACUGUCCUCUCACUAUUUUUAAGUAGCAAUUUAUUUUAUUCCCUAUUUGAUUAGGUUUGGUUGUCACUGGUGGGCCCAAGAUUUGCGCGUAAUUAAAUUUCUUUCUUACAUAAUAUUAUUUCAGCUCAAAUGUAACUUCGUAUGUAGAAUUUCACAUUAGAAUGUUUACUGCUCCGUACGUGAACACCUGUCUCUUACCCAACAAUAAUCGUAUUAGUUGAUGUUUACAGAAGAAAGUAUUUCGCAAAUGGCACUGUGAUUAGAACCAAAAUUUGCUUUUUUGGUCAGGAUGCUUGCACGCAAAUGGCUUUCGUAUUAGUAAAUUUUGCUCUUUAGCUAGAUUGAUAUGUAUGUGAUUUACUACUUUUAUCUGCACAUCUGUAAACUUUCUGAUAAUUUUUGUUUGGCAGUAUUCAGUUUGUCUUAAACUGUCAAAAAGCCAAAUUCUCUAAAACCUUGAGAAAAAAAAAAAUGAAAUUAUGUGCGGUAGAUUCAGAAUGAAAAGUGUAGAUAGUCAUAUGUCUCAUACAAAAUCUGUAUUUAAAACUUAUGCUCUGUCUGCAAAAUAUACCGUAGAAGGUGCUGUCUUUUAGGCCAGGUUUGCCGUUUGGAAUUUUUUUUCCUGUUUUCUGACGCAAUAGAGAAUGUUUGGGUGCCCAUUUUUGCUUCAGUUCUAAAUCCAGAAGGUCUCCAAGUACCAUAUGAGGAAAAAUUAUAGUUGCCAGUUUGGCAACUCAUUUUAAGGAGUUGGUUAUCAAAGCCCAAUAGUUUCGCUAUUGGCACCUGCAUUUUGCACAACUUCUGUCUCAAUUUUUCUUCUUUAUUCUACCCCUAACCUAACCUGUAUAAAGUAGACAGCUAGUAAGCCCAUGGAUUUGGAUUAGUACAACAUCCACCCACCCCACCCCUCCCCUAACCCAACAAGACUGGAUAGUGAGAAGUCAGUGUUGACAUUGGGUUAGGGGAGGGGUAGGUGUGGAGUUUCCAAGAAUGUUGCACUGAUCCACCUUCUCAAGGAUAUGCUAAACUAGAGUUUCUGUUUAACCCCUUUUUUCCUGGUCCAAGGUGUGGCUAGCCUGCGCCACAAAUGGACCUAAAGUUCUGGUUUAUCUGCAAAAUAAUGCUGAAAUUCUUGUUCUGGGUCCCCACCUGUGUACCAGGAUUUGAGUACUUGCCAUGAUUGGCCUGUCAAUUUGCCAAUCAGGUUGAAGGAUUGAUAUCAUUGCUGCUUUACAGAAAUUGCUGAGGUUAGAUUGAGUCUGUAAUGCAGGCCAAGUUGUGGCAAGAUUUCUUGGCUUGCUAACUUUUCUUCCUGUGGUCAAAAUCCAGUGAUUUUACCAUUCAGAUGGAACCUCCCUGGCUGAAUUUUUGCACUGUACAAUUUAUUUCUAAGUAUUUGACAAAAAAAUGUCAAUUUUUUUGGUAAUUUUUUUUUUUUUUUGCAACUGUUAGGAGUGAGAUUUGCUGAUGCUUAUGUCCACUCUAAAAGCAGACCGGGUGUUUGCUUACUUAUUUCUGCAUUUUCUUUCUAUGUAAAAUUUGCAGUAAAACGACUGAGAGAACCUGAUUCAGACAGAAGGCCUGUCCUUAUUUGGUAAGUUGUUCACAGUAAUUUUCAGAUACAAGCUGUUUAAACAGAAUAAAAUUAUAUUGAUUUGUAAUUCACAAUCAUAAACCUGUGUCAUCAUUCUUGUAUAUAUUUUGGGGUUCAAUGUUAUUUUUGGUUCAAACUUUAGUUUUCUUUGAUUUUUAGUUUGGUCAUGUAUAAUAAUAGAUUUGAACUGAAAUUAAACCAAGGAUGACACACUAAUUCUUAUAGAGUACAGGACUGUCACUAAGAGCUAGGAGCCAGGGGUAUUUCCUUUAAUUUUUUACUCCUUCCUCACGCGUCUUGUUUCUCUUGCUGAACUCAAUAUAAAGGAAACAGAAACGACUGCUAUGCAGGCUACCCCGGCUAUUAUAAACAGAGGGAAAACAGAAGCAAAAGAACUUCCCAACUGUUCAAUUCCCCUCCUUCGAACAUUACAUUUACUAAAACUCUUAAAAUCUCGGUGACAGCCAGGACAGUGUAUUAGUUUUUUGUUCAGUCUGAAGUCAACUUAGAGGUACACUGUAUGCUGUCUGUGUACAUUUUCAGCACUUUAAGAAUGGCUUGUCAUAUCUGUAAACUUGUUUUUGCAGGUUUUUUGACACGUCAAAACAGGCAGUUGGUGCAAUGUUAGUUCAUUUUGCAAACAUCUUUUUGGCUGGUCUUUUUAAAGGUGAUCCAUGUACUUGGUAAGUUGAUUUUUCUUUUUGUGUUCAUUAUUUAUCGAUGAAGAUCACAUUUACAUGUGAACAUAGUGAAAAUUUAUAAUAAUUUCUCACUCCACCCUGUUCAUAAUUUCUGAAGAUGCAUGUGUACUUCGUGAAAAUUGCUGUAAAUUUCCCACUUUACUACCCUGUUGUUGUUUAUGUGAUUUUAAGUAUGCAUAAUCAAAUGGUGACGAGUGAAAUUAGGGAAUAAUUUCAUGUGCAUUUUGUCCAAAUCCUAAUAAUUUCCCGAGCCUUCAGGCGAAGGCAAAUUAUCGCUGAAAUUUCGUGCCAAAAUUAAGGAGUAAUUCGUCACCUAUGAUAUUAUAAUAAUUAUCUUUAUUUUGUAGGUACUUGAUAAAUUUUCUUUUGGAUUCCACUCUUGGUUUGGUUGUCAUAUACCUUUGCCUUCAGUUCAUGCAAGUGGUUGUCAGAAUGUAUGACUGGGACUCACUAAGAUUUGGAGAGUAUGGUAAGCUAGAACUGUACACCCCUAUUGAGAAGGAAGAUCUGCAUUUAUUUUUCUUGAGUACCGCCUGAUACAAAACACUGCAACACUUAUAUGUCCAAUGUAAUUCAAGGCAUGCUUACACUACAGAGAUACUGGGUCCGGACAAUGUAGCAUGAUGUUUGAAACUGAAGGUCAAAAGGCUUAAAGCUAUUGCUGUGUUUCUUUGCCAGGGAACCCUCCGCAGUGCAGGGCGUGGAUGGGCCAGUGCAUCUUAUACCUUUGUGCUGUCAUUGUUGAGAAAGCAACCAUCACAUUAGUAGUACAGCUUGACUUUUGGGAGGAGGUUCGCAAGUUUAUCCUUCUACCUGUCAAGAACCAUCCCAAAAUUGAGUUAGCCAUUGUCAUGCUGAUAAUACCUUUUGUAUUUAAUGUAAGUGGAGUCUUCAAGAAAAUUAUUGCAUACUGUCACAUACACUUUGUAGCGAUGAAGUACCCUACAAUCCGUAAACAAUUAGCAUACAUACUGUAUUUAACUAGUUGAUUAAACGCCUCAGCGUUAACUAAUUUUUUUAGCAUUCCUGAUGUGAUUAUUAAUUUUGAGGGCUGUUUUUAUUUAAAAAUCGCGUUGCUUAAAUCACUGACAUCAUCUUUAAGAAAAUCAGCGUGCAAAGAAAGUAGUGUCUGAUAACCCAGGGCUAGUGGAUUUUGCUAUCGGGCUAGUGAAUUCUGUUGUUAACUUGCCCGACGGGCAAGUGAGGUUUUUUGAGCAGUUUGAAUAACAGAAGAACUACGAAAUCAAUUCUACUCGUCAAAAAGCGUCUGGGGCUAGUUGAAAUGACGUCUGGGCUAGUAGAUACUAGCUUCAGCUUGCCCGAAUAGCAAGCUGUAAAAAUGAUUUUCUUUGCACCCUGAAAAUAUUAUGUAAAACUGGAAGAUGUUUAAUGUUCCCAUGUUUCGCUGUUUUCAGCGUGAUAGAAUAAUAGAAUAUUGUAUUAUUUUAUUGUAAUUGUCUGGAUUGUGGAUAUUACAAAGCUUUACCCAAAUUUUUUUCAUGAUACUCGAAUAAUAGAAUACAUAUUUUGUAAAAAAAUUGGAGAAGUCUGCUUUAUUAAUUUAUCUUCAGUGAAUACAAAUAUUCCUGCAGAACUUGGUGAUUUUUGGCAUGGUGUACAAUAAUGGUUUCUAUAUCACAAGCUGUUCAAUAGGUCAAAACUUGGGAAGACAACUUUCAAUAAACUUCUUAUUGCUUUGAAAUUACCACUGUUGUUUUACUCUUCCUUGCAGGCCAUUAUGUUUUGGGUUGUGGACAACUUCCUCAUGCAGAAGAAGAAAAAGUUUUUUCAGAAAGACACCGCAAGAAACAGAGGAAACAAAGUGAAAUAUGAAAGGCGAACGGUAAUGAAUGGUUCAGAUGAAGAAGAGGUGCUUUUAGAAAACUUAGCUGAGGGAGAAGCUAUCACAGUUCCAGAGGACAAUGUUUAUCUCAGAGAUACAGUAAGAAGAUAAUAUCAGGCAAGACACUUGGAAGCCUAGCUGAUCUUCUCUUUUGUUCUUCUGAGUAAGGAGUGGAUAAUCAGUCACUGCAUGUGGUGAUAUACACCAGGCCCUGGUUGUUC